CACGCUCCUCUGUUUAUGCUUCAGACGCGGUUUAAUUCCCAACAGAGAGCGUCCUUUAAUUAUCCCAAAACAUGUCAGAGGAUAUUUAAACCUAAAUAUCGUCGACAAGUGUAAAUGACGUGAAAUUUAGGCUACUUUAUUUGUUUUCCUGUAAGGUUCCUUUGUUCCAGCUGUAUGAGACGCAGAUGCAGUCAUUUACACGCGGCAAGACAUUAUAUUGUUUUUAGACGCUGCCAUCGUUACUGAAAUGAGUCAAAAGGGAGUCUUAUCCAUAUGAACCUCUUUUGGAUAAACAGGGUGGUUGUAAUGGGCCACAGGGGACCGCUGCAGUUGUCUGACCUUUGCAAGCUGUAUAAUGAGGAGUCUGUCCACACCCUAUCCUCUGUGUUUGAGCACGAAUGGGAAAAACAACAGAAUUACAAUGAGAGGUUGGACUUCGGAGAGGAUUCUGGAAGAGAGUCACUGCUGGUCUCCAGAAAAGCCAAUACUGGUUACUCUCUCCUUUAUGCAAUAUGGGUGACAUUCCGUCCAGCCUUAGUCAAAGUUGCGCUUCUGAGACUGUCAACUGAUAUUUUUAGCAUUUUAGUUCCUUUGACUCUCAGGUGGGUUAUCCUGUUCUGUGAGAGACAGGCUGUGUUUGACUGGGCAGGAUACACAUAUUCUCUGGUGGUGUUGGGAGCAGUUUGCUGCUGUGCUGUUUCUCAGCAUCACUUUGAGAAACAUAGUAGGAUAAUUGCAGCCAAUGCACAAGCGGUUCUAGCUGGCUUCCUCUACAGGAAGACAUUGCCUUUUUCCCAUAGUUCUCGACAGCAAUCCAACACCACUCAGGGGACAGAUUUAUUAAGGGAGGUUGAAAAUGUUACAGAGCUAGUGGUCACAUUAGCUUGUCUUUGGUCCACUCCCCUGAGAGUCGCUCUCUGUCUGGACUUACUGUGGGGAGAAUUGGGCCCAGGUGUUCUAGUGGGGGUGGCAUUGCUACUAGUCCUCAUCCCUGUCAACUCUGCAGUAGAGCGCAAAGCCAAACAGCUUCAGAGAACUCAGCUGAUCAUCAGGGAAAGGAGUGAACAACUCAUCAAGGAAAUGUUGCAUAAAUACCAGGUCUUUUCUGUUCUUUUAGGAUGGUUCAGUCACAUAUCUGAGCAUGAGCUGACCCAUAUUUCCCAUACUCUUUAUCUUUCUGUGCAGGUUGGUUUCUCUAGUAUCGGUGUGUUUGUGCUGGUGGAUGAUGGGAAUGUUCUCACACCGUCUCAGAUCUUUACAUCCCUCUGUUUCUUCAGAUUGCUCCGCCCACCUCUGCUGGAGCUCCUUGGGCUCUUCUAUGUUCUCAAGCAGGCACAGCAGUCUCUUUGCCAUCUGGAGAAGAGCUUUCUUGGAAAGGAUUUGGGCACCACUCAGUUAGUUACUACAAAAGAAGAGCUUCCAUCUGAUGGCUUCCAACAGCGAUGUGACAGAAAUGAUAUGCAGGUGAUUGAUGAAGAGCUGCCCAAACAUUUGCACAGCUGGUUGAAGAGUCUUUUGGACAUAUUGAGCACCAUCACUCUAAUCAGCUUCAUCAUGCCGGUUUUUAGUCUAGCUGUCUGCCCGCUGAUAAUCCUCUUCCUCCGUAUUCAGUCACGCUUUUUUUCAGCCCACAGUCAUAUCAGACACAUGGAGGCAAACCUAGUUGCUUCUCUGGAGUGUGUGACACAGUGUGUUGAUGCUCCACUUUCUGGGCCAAAACAUAGGGAGGUGUGUCUGACACACUGCCUCCAAGCCUUAAAUCAAAACCUGCUGGUCAAGUACAACAAAAUCAACACAGAAAGUCAGGCUGCGUUGCGGUUAGAUGGCAUUGCUGGGAUUGUGCUGUUCCUGGUCAGUCUGAUUCUGCUGGAGACUGAACCGGAUGCAGGGCUUGUGGUUCUGGCAUUGAUCUGUGCCUUCAGUAUCAAAAAAGCUGUUCACCGAUACCCUCAUGCUGCCUCUGAUAUCAGCAUAGACAUGCUGAGCAUGCAAAACCUUUGUGAAUUUGCCAAAGUGGAGAAGGAGGCAGCAUGGGAAAAAUCCUACAGACCACCCAAUGACUGGCCCCAGCAUGGAGAGGUGAAGUUCAGGAACUAUGAGUCUGAAGCCUCCUCUAAUGGCACACCAGCACUUAGAGGAAUUAAUCUCACCAUUCUAAAAGAGGAAAAGAUUGGGCUCGUAAGCAGGGGGAAGACCGACACCGAUGGUUUGGUUAGCAGUCUGUUCCGGUCUGUGGAGGCCAGGAGCGGCGCUGUGCUGAUUGACGAUAUAAACAUCGCCCGCAUGGGUCUACGUGACCUUCGUAGCCGUCUGCAAAUCAUUUCUCAGGUUCCCGUACUGUUCUCUGGUCCCCUGAGGGCUAACCUGGACCCGUUCGCUCAGCAUACUGACGCACAGGUGUGGUUGGCUCUGGAGCUCUGCCAUCUGAAGGAGCGUGUUCGACUAUUGCCUGCUCAGCUGCUGCACCCUGUACAGAGGACCUCCCUCGCUUUCAGCUUUGGCCAGAGGAGGCUGCUCUGUUUGGCCAGAGCACUGCUUGCAAGGGUCAGAAUCCUGCUUGUGGAAGAGGCCCUUCCUCGUGUGGACCUAGAAACAGAGGAGCUGGUCCGACAGUUGAUCCACACAGAGUUUAAACACUGCACUGUACUGUGGCUCACUCAGAACCCGCUCACUGUCAUGCACACUGACAGGGUGCUGGUUUUGAAUAAGGGACAAGCUGUGAACUUUGACUCCCCUUCCACUCUCCUCCAGCAGGGGCCGCUGUUCAGUCAAUGAGACGGGACCUGCUCUUACAUCCAAUUAUUAUUCUGUUAUAAUUUACUCAUUUCUUGUUGACCAAAUAUUUAAGAUAUUAAUUUUACAUCAUACAUUAGGUUCUCUAAAGCACAGUUUAUUCACACAUUAAUUAAUGAAGGUUUUGGACCGAUUAUACUGAAUAAAUGAUUAAAUAAAAAAGUGAUAA